AUGCGGGUAUCGGAAUAUCGGAAUGAAAGGGAUACAGAGGAGGAGGAGGAGGAGGAGGAGGAGGAGGAGGAGGAUGAGGAUGAGGAUGAGGAUGAGGAUGAGGAUGAGGAGGAGGAGGAGGAGGAGGAGGAGGAGGAGGAGGAGGAGCAGGAGCAGGAGGAGCAGGAGGGAAGGCGGACAAAGUAACGGGAUAUGGAGACACACAAUACCAGAUUCCCUCAUUCGUUUUAACCCACCAAUCGAUGCAGUUAGCGUAGUGUGGCCCCUUGGGGGGAGUCUUACUUCAAUCCAAUCCUGUUCGUCCAUGAUUACCUACGUACUUGUAUGCAUUUCCUUCCUCUCUACCAUCUUACCAACCUCUUGAUGGUGCUUCCAAUUGCGCUGGUAAAAGCCUAACUUUGGAUUUUGAAGUAACAAUACGUGUUUGCGGGUUGAUCUGCACGAGCUCAUAGUGUUCAUGACCGAUGACUAUUCGAAUUCUAGAAUUUACCAUUCAAGUUUGUCUCUCUACUUCAGUAAUACAUCACAAAUAAUUACAAGGCUGACGCUAUGCAAUAUGCCUUUUUUGAUAACUGACCCGAACCUGAUAGUUUGACCGUCGAUUUCGACAAUGUCUACCGUUCGGUUCCACAGCAAGGUGAGAGCAGGGACGGUGACUUGCCCGCGAAUCAGUUUAUAUCUAUCAGCUACUCUGGAAUAAUUGCAUCAUAUUCACAAACUGCCAGCAGAUAGUCAGUAGAAGUGAGGGAUUCACUUAUGCUGUCAGUAUGGUGAUUCAUUCACUAAAUGUGUCAUUCAAACCCGAGGUUGCAAUCGCCUAACAUGACAUAUCUUCAGUCAGCGGCCGACUGCUUUGUCAUGUCUCUCAGUCCGACUAAAUUUACUAUUUGGAGCGAUGAUGGGGAUACGACCACUGCCUCAGCUCCCUAUUCAUGCAUUCCCUUGACUUCAAUGUUGUCUGCUUGACUAAAUUUAGAAGUCGUCCCCUUCCACUAACUUGUGUUCUGUCUCUUUCUUCCGGUCUCACUUGGUGAACUUGCGCCGGUGUCACCUGGUGAAAUUGCAGUGGGAUGUAUGGAGGCUAGAAUAGACUAGAUCCGCCUGUUGACGUCAGUCUCAGGACUGAUUAAAAUGCGUCAAUUAAUUAUCUUACGCUGACGACACGCAGUGCUUAAUGAUGUCAGUCGCAACGCAAUUGCAUCCACACCUACUGCAAUAUCACAAGCGUACGAUGUUGCUGAAUGCUUACCUGCUGGAUGAUGUCAUAUACUGCCUCGGGGGAAACCGGUGACGUGCAUUUUGGAAGCCGAAAUCGUACAUGAAUACUUGUGUUUCCCAUCCGAGUACGCAGGUAUUGGUAGUAGCAGCAGCAGCUCCAAUUUAAUACUCCGCAAUCACCUUCGUUUAAGUAAAAUCUCUGCCGUAACGCACCUUUCACGGAAACUAGUUUGAGGAGGGGAUUUUGCUGCGUUGUUACUGUGAGAUGGCUUGAGUUUAUGGCUACAUAGCAAAUCAAUUAGCAGCUCUCACUGAGAAAGGGCUUAGUAUUUCGCGAAUUGGAUUCACACCACUGGGUGUGAAAAUGCGCACCUGAGCUAGCCUUCGCUGUUAUGUGGAAAGCAAUUUUGCAAUUUUGCCUCAUUCGCCUCAAGCCGAGACCUGAGCAGGGUUUCUGUGCCUCGCAUUGUCUCGCAAGUCUGAUAUCCUCAAGGCUGAAUUCCUCAGUUUCAUUAUCAUGUUGGUAUAUAUUUAAAAUUCACUGUUUCUUUACGUUGGCCCGCAGGCGUCUUACCAAAUUAGGUUUAUCCUGCAGUGAAGUCUGUUGAGGGCUUUCGAACAUUCAGAUCAUUCGUUCCCUUUUUGGCCGUUUACGGAUGCAGCGGUAUCUGACUGACCCCGUCUCCUCACCGGUCCUUAAGUUGUUAGGAUGGGACUCAAUGGUUGGCGCGACGUGAAGUCUGCGCCUAGGCGUGCCUUAACAUCCCCCAUGGGGACGCAUCUUAUGCUCGUAAGAGUGCCAUGAAGACCACUAUGUGGAGGAGUCAAUGUGGCCUGACUUACCGUCCGAGGUGACUAACUUGGCUUGCCGGUCGGCAAAAUUCCAAUCCAGGACUCUUCGCACGACGUUAUAGAUUCAAGCGGGCUGGAUUUAUUACGAGUGAUUGAGUUUAUUUCCCCGGAAGAUGGAGUGCCAUUGUCGGUCUCACACUCCACGUGCAUGCACUUCAUGAUCUCCUCUGUUGCCUACUUGUUUGCAUUUAGAAUUAAUUUGUGCAGAAGCCAUCCUCUCGCCUUCCUCUACUCACUCGGUCUGGGCCUGCGAUAUCCCUUUGCUGUGGCACGUACAUACCCUCUGCUCAACUCCCGGUGUCAAUUCAUGGACUUGCGCUCUGGGAUGUAUGAACAUCUCUGUCGAAUUGCCCGCGGGCGCUCCGCUUCAGACUUUGUGUUAAAGCACAUUUUCAGCGCCACUGAGAGGCGCCUCUGUGGAUUCAUCAAUAUCUGGCUUGCAACCAAUCCUGGACGGGUAACCCAAGGCAGUGGACGUCUGAUGAAACGAACUACAACUAUCUAG